AUGUCGGAAGAUUCACACAUGUUGAAUCAUUCUAGAAAUUCUACACAUCACCUCCCCCGGAUGACGUCGCGUCUUGGGCUCGGAGUGCGUGGCCGUCACACUCUUUUUUUGUGUGUCACCCCUUCUCCCACUGCCCUGGGACUCGCCAUUUGGGUAAGUACACGACUUUGUCAUCACAGCUUCAUCGGGUUCUCCAGUACACGUGUACAGCGCUGCAAAAGCACGCAUCAGUCAACCCCCAGUUGA